AGUUGAAUUCGUGUACAUUGCAAGCAAAAGCAACUCAUGAUGCAUAGCACUUUCCAAACUCAUUUUUAUAAUCCUUAAAACAACAUGUUAAUGUUAACAACUCCUCACAUCUUCUCCAUCAUCAUAAGUUGUUGAAAACCCACUUUUCCAACCAUAGUUUCUCUCCUCCACCUUCCACCACGUUUUUGCUUUUCUCUUUUCCUAUAAUCUCUCCAUCUUCGAAACUAGAUCACAACCUUCAUCACAAGCUUUCUCCGAUUCCAUUCCAACCUUAACAACAACAACAACAACAUCAUGCAACUUUGAUCCAAACUCUAAAUCUUCAUAUAUAUAUAUGUUCAACAUCCUUAGCUCCUCUUUCUAGCUAACUCUACAAACCUGGGUCCUUCUUUUCCUUCCAUUCCUUAGAAACAAAUUUAUAAAAACCAACCAAUUAUGUAACUGUACCCUUUUGAACCUUAAAUCUCCAACAACAACAAAAAACCAAAAAAAAAAUUGUUUUUCUUACAUUUGUAAAAUUAUGUAGUGUUGCUAUAUUCACUAAUCUUUAUCCACCUAUCUUUUUAUUGUUUUUUUUUAAAAUUUCACUUAACCAAAAAAAAAAGAAAAAAAAGAAUGACGGAAUCGGAGACAGGAACGCCAACGGCGGCUUCCGUGCCGCCGACACCGGAAACACCGGGAGGGCCAUUAUUCUCGUCGGUGAGAAUUGAUUCACUUGAACGUGAGUCUUUUGCAAUGGGGAGGUGCAACAUGUGUAUGCCGGGUGCUAAAAGCAAUGGUUGCAUCGGUGUUCGAAUUCCGAGUAUCUCUCUCACUCAGAAGAUUGGAGCAGAGUUUGUAGGAACGUUCAUACUGAUAUAUGCAGCAACAGCAGGACCAAUAGUGAACAACAAAUACAAUGGAGCAGAAACACUCAUGGGAAAUGCAGCUUGUGCUGGUUUAACAGUCAUGUUCAUUAUCCUCUCAAUCGGUCAUAUCUCAGGUGCACAUCUCAAUCCAUCACUCACCAUUGCGUUCGCGGCGUUUCGCCAUUUUCCAUGGGCACAUGUUCCCGCCUACAUUGCAGCACAAGUCUCUGCGUCGAUCUGCGCUUGUUAUGCUCUCAAAGUUGUUUAUCACCCUUUCCUCUCUGGUGGUGUCACUGUCCCUACUGUUAGCAUUGGACAAGCUUUUGCAACUGAGUUUAUUAUCACUUUCAUUCUCUUGUUCGUUGUCACUGCUGUCGCUACUGAUACUCGCGCAGUUGGUGAAUUGGCUGGCAUUGCUGUUGGAGCUACUGUUUUGCUCAACAUUCUCAUUUCAGGGCCAACAAGUGGAGGUUCGAUGAAUCCGGUGCGCACCUUAGGUCCAGCCGUUGCAGCAGGAAACUACAAACAUAUCUGGAUAUAUUUGGUGGCGCCGACGCUUGGUGCGCUUGCUGGUUCUGGAGUUUAUACGCUUGUCAAGCUGCGUGACAACGAAGUUGAACCGGUGCAACCGGUUAGAAGCUUCCGUCGCUAGAUCUGUCUGUGACACUUCUCUCUACACCCCACUGCUCGUGUUUGAAGCUUCCUGUAUAAUAGUAUAUAGUUGAAUUGAAUAAAAUGUGGGGAUCUCUAUGAAAGUAUGUGUGUGAAUUUGUGUGUUUUUUGUUUGUGUUAUAUCUUGUGGAUUUUCUAAGGGGCUAGUUAUAGCCAUGGUUUGUAUUAUGAUUGAUGCAACUUAUAAUGAAUAAUGUGGUUUGUUGUGUGUAA